AUGGUGGUUUUCAAUGGCUUGCUGAAAAUCAAGAUCUGCGAGGCGGUGAAUCUGAAACCCACAGCGUGGUCUCUGAGACAUGCAGUGGGUCCCAGGCCACAGACCUUUUUGCUGGACCCUUACAUAGCCCUCAAUGUGGAUGACUCCAGGAUCGGGCAGACCUCAACCAAGCAAAAGACCAACAGUCCUGCUUGGAACGAUGAAUUUGUCACUGACGUUUGUAAUGGCAGGAAGAUAGAGAUGGCUGUUUUCCAUGAUGCCCCCAUCGGGUAUGACGAUUUUGUAGCUAACUGCACUAUACAGUUUGAGGACUUGCUGCAGAACGGGAGCCGCCACUUCGAGGACUGGAUUGACCUGGAGCCAGAAGGGAGAGUGUACGUCAUCAUAGACCUUUCAGGAUCAUCAGGUGAAGCACCCAAAGACAAUGAAGAACGUGUGUUCCGGGAGCGUAUGCGCCCCAGGAAGCGGCAGGGUGCUGUGCGGCGCAGAGUACAUCAGGUUAAUGGACACAAGUUUAUGGCCACUUAUCUUAGACAACCAACAUACUGUUCGCACUGCAGAGAUUUUAUAUGGGGUGUAAUAGGAAAACAGGGAUAUCAAUGUCAAGUUUGCACUUGUGUAGUCCACAAGAGAUGCCAUGAACUUAUAAUAACGAAAUGUGCUGGCUUAAAAAAACAGGAAACUCAUGAUGAGCAAGUGGGAUCCCAGCGUUUCAGUGUCAAUAUGCCUCACAAGUUCAGCAUUCACAACUACAAAGUGCCCACCUUCUGUGACCACUGUGGUUCAUUGCUCUGGGGUCUUUUGAGACAAGGUUUACAAUGCAAAGUUUGCAAGAUGAAUGUACAUCGACGCUGUGAAACAAAUGUGGCACCAAACUGUGGAGUGGACGCUAGAGGCAUAGCUAAAGUCCUUGCAGAUCUUGGAGUCACUCCAGAUAAAAUCACUAACAGUGGGCAGAGGAGGAAAAAGCUAAUUGCAGGUGCAGAGACUCAACAGCCAGUUCCUGGAAGCGCUUCAUCAGAAGAAGAUAGGUCAAAGUCAGCACCAACUUCACCAUGCGAUCAAGAAAUCAAAGAGCUGGAAAACAAUAUUAGGAAAGCGUUAUCAUUUGACAAUCGAGGAGAGGAACACAGAGCAACUGCUACAACAUCAACAGACAACCAGCUUAACAAACCUGGGGAGAAUGGUGAAAACGGAGAGGUCAAACAGGCCCAGACCAAGCGAAUAGGCCUUGAAGAGUUCAACUUCAUUAAAGUAUUAGGGAAAGGCAGCUUUGGCAAGGUAAUGUUAGCUGAGCUGAAAGGAAAAGAUGAAGUAUAUGCAGUGAAAGUUUUGAAGAAAGACGUCAUACUUCAGGAUGACGAUGUAGACUGUACAAUGACAGAAAAGAGAAUUCUGGCAUUAGCACGGAAACACCCAUACCUAACACAACUUUACUGCUGCUUCCAGACGAAGGACCGCCUCUUUUUCGUCAUGGAAUAUGUAAAUGGAGGAGACUUAAUGUUUCAAAUCCAGCGCUCACGUAAAUUUGAUGAACCUCGAUCCCGCUUCUAUGCAGCAGAGGUCACAUCAGCGCUCAUGUUUCUUCACCAACAUGGCGUCAUCUACAGGGACCUGAAACUGGACAAUAUUCUUCUGGAUGCAGAAGGCCACUGUAAACUGGCUGACUUUGGAAUGUGCAAAGAAGGGAUUCUAAAUGGAGUGACCACCACAACCUUUUGUGGCACACCUGACUAUAUAGCUCCAGAGAUCCUACAGGAGUUAGAAUAUGGCCCAUCAGUAGACUGGUGGGCUCUGGGUGUUCUCAUGUAUGAAAUGAUGGCUGGGCAACCCCCCUUUGAAGCUGACAAUGAAGAUGACCUCUUUGAAUCCAUCCUUCAUGAUGAUGUCUUAUAUCCAGUCUGGCUUAGUAAAGAAGCUGUCAGCAUUUUAAAAGCAUUCAUGACAAAAAAUCCAAAUAAACGACUUGGCUGUGUAGCAUCGCAGAAUGGGGAAGACGCGAUUAAGCAACAUCCGUUUUUCAAAGAAAUUGACUGGGUUCUUCUAGAACAAAGGAAAAUCAAACCACCCUUCAAACCUCGGAUUAAAACCAAAAGGGAUGUAAAUAACUUUGAUCAAGACUUUACACGAGAAGAACCAGUAUUAACACUAGUGGAUGAGGCAAUUAUAAAACAAAUCAAUCAAGAAGAAUUUAAAGGGUUCUCUUAUUUUGGAGAAGAGCUACUGCCCUAG